AUGCCAACCGCGGAUGCCGAGCCGGGGAUGAGUGGAGGCACGGCGAUUUCAGCCCCGGCCUUACCGAGCCAGCCCCCAGGUGAACGCGCAUUGAAUGUGCUGUGGUCGUUUGCGAAAUGUCUCGCUGCUCUUCUACCAGUGUAUCUGGCAGGAUAUUAUGGCUUCAGCAUCAGUGUAGUCCUGUUCGGUCUGAUGAUCUACAUGGGAUGGAAACACAGUCGACUGGAGAAAGUGAUGAGGCUAAAGUCUGCCAUGUACCUCCUGGAGAACGAGAGGCUUUUCACCACCGAGAAGGCUUUCAGAGCUAAAGGGGAUUUACCUCCCUGGGUCAACUUUCCAGAUGUGGAGAAAGCGGAGUGGCUGAAUAAGAUCCUGCAGCAGGCUUGGCCCUUUAUAGGCCAGUAUCUGGAGAAGUUGCUAGUGGAAACCAUUGCUCCUGCCAUCCGUGCCUCCAGCAUUCAUCUGCAGACUCUCAGCUUUACUAAGGUCAACAUAGGAGAAAAGGCUUUGAAGGUGGUUGGUGUAAAGGCUCACACAGAACACGAUAAGAGACAAGUUAUGUUGGAUUUGUACCUGAGCUACGCUGGUGAUGUUGAAAUCAACGUAGAAAUCAAGAAGUACUUUUGCAAGGCCGGAGUGAAAGGAGUCCAGCUCCAUGGGAAGCUGCGUGUGAUCCUCGAGCCUCUGAUCGGAGACGUCCCACUGGUUGGAGCAAUCACAAUGUUCUUCAUCCGCAGGCCUAAACUGGACAUCAACUGGACCGGGCUGACCAACCUGUUAGAUAUACCCGGGCUGAAUGCCAUGUCGGACACUAUGAUAAUGGAUGCAAUUGCCUCCCACUUGGUGCUCCCCAACCGUCUAACUGUUCCCCUGGUGGCCAACCUGCACGUUGCGCAGCUCCGCUCCCCUCUCCCACGGGGAGUUGUGCGUAUCCACCUGCUGGAGGCUGAGGACCUGAUGGCCAAGGAUACGGUCAUCAAGGGCAUAAUCGACGGGAAGUCUGACCCGUAUGCCGUUCUGCGUGUAGGAACCCAGAUCUUCACCUCUCAUCACGUGGACAGCAACCUGAACCCACAGUGGAGGGAGAUGUAUGAGGUGAUUGUCCAUGAAGUACCUGGUCAGGAGUUGGAAGUGGAAGUUUUUGACAAAGACCCAGACCAGGAUGACUUCCUGGGGAGGGUCAAGGUCGAUCUUGAUAUUGUAAGGAAGGCCAGAGUUGUGGAUGAUUGGUUUAAUCUGAGGGACGUCCCAUCCGGCAGUGUUCACCUCCGGCUGGAGUGGCUCUCUCUGCUGUCCUCUGCUGACAGACUGAGUGAGGUGACCCAGAAGAACCAGAACUUGACCAAUAAGAUGACUGAUCCUCCAUCUUCUGCCGUCAUAGCUAUCUAUCUUGAUCAAGCUUACCAACUGCCUAUGAGAAAAGGCAAUAAGGACCCAAGCCCAAUGGUACAGAUUUCCAUUCAGGAUGCAACUAAAGAGAGCAAGACUUGCUAUGGGACCAACAGCCCUGUGUGGGAGGAUGCCUUUACCUUCUUUAUUCAGGAUCCUCGCAAGCAGGACAUUGACAUUCAAGUGAAAGACGAUGACCGUGCUCUGUCCCUGGGCAGUUUGACCAUCCCUCUGACCCGUAUUUUGGCGAGCCCUGAACUCACCAUGGACCAGUGGUUCCAGUUGGAGAAUUCUGGUUCUGCCAGCCGCAUCUAUGUCAAAAUUGUGCUAAGGGUUUUGUGGCUAAAUGAUGAUGCCACUCCUACGACUCCAUCUCCCCGGCCUUCAGCCCCUGGGCCCGGGAUGGGUCAGGGGGGAAUCACAUCAGAACUGAACCCCAUAGGGCCUGGCGGGUUAGGUAAACCUCAACCAUCACGACCACAGCACACCACGCCCGACCCAGAGUUUGCAACUGAGGGAGUGCUGCGUAUCCACCUGGUGGAGGCCCAGAACCUGAUAGCUAAGGACAACUUCAUGGGGGGCAUGGUGAAGGGAAAAAGUGACCCCUAUGUCAAGAUUCGCGUGGCUGGUAUCACCUUCCGUAGCCACACCAUCAAAGAGAACCUCAAUCCCAUGUGGAAUGAACUCUAUGAGGUUAUUUUGACCCAGCUUCCUGGUCAAGAGAUCCAGUUUGAGUUGUUUGACAAGGACAUCGAUCAGGAUGACUUCCUCGGAAGGUUCAAGCUUAACCUACGAGAUAUCAUCAGCGCACAAUUCAACGAUACGUGGUACACUCUUAAUGAUGUGAAGUCAGGCCGAGUUCACCUGGUGCUGGAGUGGCUGCCCAGAGUCUCCGACCUUCCCAGACUGGAGCAGAUCUUGCAGUACCAGUCCCAGCAGGUGUACCACAAUAAGGUUGUUCCAUCAUCGGCUGUGCUGUUUGCGUAUGUGGAGCGUGCCCAUGGCCUGCCGUUGAAGAAGAGCGGGAAGGAGCCGAAGGUCGGGGCUGAGAUUACCCUCAAAGGAGUUUCACACAGAACCAAGAUUUGUGAGCGUUCUACAUCCCCUCGAUGGGACGAAGCCUUUCAUUUUCUGGUUCGUGACCCCGGAGAUGAAACAUUCACAGUGAAGCUGUCCCAUAGCUGGGGCCAGGCCCUUGGGUCCAUCACACUUCCUCUCAAAGAGGUGCUGUUUGAGCCAGGCUUGGUGCUGGACCGCUGGUUCAAUCUGGAUGGAGCACUGCCAGAAAGCCAGAUACUUAUGAGGGCCACGCUCAAGGUCUUGGACACUCAGCUGGCAGUGUGUCGUAGGGCUCCGGGGGAUGCAGCUAAUGACGGCAGUGGAGAAGAAGUCCUUCCCAGAUGGGUUCCUUCCCAUCUUGACCUCAGACAUAGAAGUGGAUUGGCCAUGGCUGAUAACGCAAAUUCAGCAGGCCAGGUGAAGCUUACCGUCGGCUACUCCAUGGAGGAGAGCAGACUUUACAUCACCGUUCACUCCUGCAGAGCCCUGCAAGCCUGCUCCAAGGACGGUGCAGACCCUUAUGUUUCCUUCAUCCUGCUGCCUGACAAGAAGGCCACCACCAAGAGGAGGACUGCCACCAAGAAGAGAGACCUCAACCCAGAAUUCAGCGAGAGAUUUGACUUUGACUUCUCUCUCGAGGAGUCCAUGCAGAGAAGACUGGACUUGUCUGUGAAGAACAGCGUCUCCUUCAUGAGCAGAGAGAGGGAGCUUAUCGGCAAGUUGCAACUGGACCUGGACCAAAUUGACCUGAAGACUGGUGUCACACAAUGGUAUGAUUUGGUAGCAGAGACCAACUAGAAGAAUCAACGGUUGGCCUCAAGUACUAUAUAACGUUAAGUGUUGCUUCUGUGAUCUGUUUGUAUAUUCAGCUUAAAUGAAAAUUCCCACCAUCACUGAAGGAAAGAAAUGACAUAUCUGCUCCACAACAACACAGUUCAUCAGUAUUUAUGAAACUUUACAUGUAGCUUAUCAUCCGUAAAGUGUUUACUGUUGUUAAUCCAUGCUGUCUUGGACAGAUUCUUCAGUAGAAUAUUUUGGCUGAAUAGAUAUUUGAUAUUAAUGCAACUAUGUUGCACAACCUACCGAGUUUAUAUGUCUUCAAAAGCAUGCCAAAGUCCUCUUUGAAUUUUAUUCAGAAAAAGGGCUUAUGCUGUGGUCAAUAUCUUAAGGUGUUAUAUGUUUUAUGGAUUUGUAGCAUUCCAACACAACAGAGAGAAGUAUCUUUGAAUCUUUUUUCUUUUCUUUUUUUUUUUUACAAUUUUCAAAUAAUUCCCGAAAUUACUUUGUUUAUAUACGUUUAUAUUAUUGCCUUAUGUAUUACAAAACUGUGCACAGUUUGUCAGUGUUUAUGAAUUAUGUUCCAAAUGAAGUUUUAUAUGCUUUAACGAGAGCUUUAUUAAAGUUACUUUUAUAAAUCAAAGUACUAAAAACCUAGACCCUCACAUUUACCACUGCAAACAGAGGUAUGAUACUGUAAGCAGAGUCUACAUCACUGUGCUUUUAUGAAAAGAAAACUUUCUAGAUACUGAAAACACAUCGCUGGUGUUCUCACACCCAUGCUUCUUUGUGUUCUACGUGUUCGUGGCGCUAAAUGCAACAGGCUGAAGCUGUUGGCCAUUUAUUUUUCAAGCAAAACAGUUAUGACCUUAUGAGAAGUAAGCUAAUAUUGAACGCCAUCAGCGGGACAGCAUCUACGUACCACCACUCUCACCUCACCACGAAGGCUCUGCCACUGAUUUGUAGUGAUGGAAAGAAAAUAGUGGUUUUAAGUGUCAGAACUGAAGAAGAAAACUGCUGAGCUUUGACAUUAUUUGAACAUAUCAUCAUGUUUCUGCUGAAGUUGUUGAUUAAAGUUUGCACUCUCAUGAAUCAAAA